GCGGAGCCUAUCCUGACCAGGGUAAAGGAGGACCACACCCGGAUCAUCCUCCCGGCCAUUGACAACAUCAAGUUCAACACGUUUGAGGUGCAGCAGUACGCCAACGCGGCCCACGGCUACAACUGGGGCCUGUGGUGCAUGUACAUCAUCCCUCCUCAGGAGUGGCUGGACAAGGGCGAUGAGACGGCUCCCAUCAGGUAACACCCCUCACCAUAGCUGAGCACCCCCUCCAUUAUAGAUGAGGAUCUUUGAUGAAAUAUGGAUAGCUAGGUCCCGGAUAUGACUUAAACAGUUUUAGAGCCAUCAACUAUAUGGCUCUAUAGGUCUUCGGUACAAGUGUACAGGCCAAACAACCAAAAGUGAACCUCUCUAUUGAAAAAAGUAUCUAAUUAAAAUGAUAAAUAUCUUAAUAUUGAUGCGGGCGGUGCACAAGAGGAAGCCUUGAUAUUGGGUCAUUAAUGGUUUUGCAUACGGUGGGUGAGCGUUGUACAUUACUCUAGUUUACACUGUUUAUUGUGUUGGUGCUGCAUUGUAUGGAAGCAAUGUCGUCACUGUAAUCAUAGAUUAUUACCAUAAAGAUUCACCUAGGGGCCUCAGGUAAAUCAUGUUUGAUGUAUUUUUAUACAAUGGGUGGUUUGGAAUUCCCAUUGCAAGACCCUAUCCUGUCCAUGAUAUACUUAAAGUGGAACUUACAGCAUUUUAGCAACAUGAAAUCUUAUUCAAAUCUGUUCAUAUAUACCCCCAGAAAGAAUAUUACACUUUUUUUUAAAAACAUUUUCUGACAAGCGAGCACUUAGAUAUGGUCAUUUUCACGUUUUCAUAAAUUUGCCAGUGCGUUUGGACAAUUAAUAGACACUGCAGUAAAUAAAACCGAAUAAAAAUAUAAAACUGUUACCAGCAUAUUAAAAUAACAAUGAUUUACAUAUUUUCAUUAAAACGUUAUUUUGAUAAGUCAAUUCAUACAAUUUCAUUCUUCCACCAGAAGAUAUCCACCUAAUUUUCGAACACUUUUAAAACACGGAAGCCAAACGCGGAAACUAUGGAUACAACUUCCUCCAUGUUCGGGCAUUAUCAUAAUUCAUAUGCAAGCCACUACAAAUCCCAGCAUUAGAAUGUUCAUGUAAACAGAAACAUCCUGACAAAAUACAACAUAUUACUGCUCUUAUGUGCCUGGACCUUGUAAACUAAACUGCCGAAAAAAAAACCUAUAACUGAUUCAAAUGGUUGCCCAAUCAGGCAGGCUAGAUGCAGUUAUUUCUAAAUGAAUACCGGGAUGCAUUCAAAAUGCCAGGCAUUUGAGUGGUUAUUCAAAUGUCAUAAUUUAGUAGUGAUGCGCUGGUUAUAUCCGCUGGGCGGAUGGGUUUAGGGUCAUUAAAUAUUGUGUAGGUGGCGGGCAGGUUGAAUAAAGAGAAACAAUACCUUAAAAAAUCCAUAAAUGUGCCAUUAUUGUGCAAUUUAUAUAGGCUACAUUGAGGUUUUUCUUUAAUUAUCUUAGGCUAUCUGGUAUUACUGCAUAAGCUUAAACUUUAGGGCUUAACCAUACACACGCCAAAUAGCCUACACAGCCAAUCGUUUGAUACGUUUUGUGCGAAUGAAAUGAACAUUGCCAAAUGCAUAAUUUAAAAAAAAAUAUUGCGCCUCUGGAAUAACGGACAUUCUGGGGUAAUACAUACCUAACCAACGUUCUCUAGUAAUACUAGUCCCGUGCAAAUAGGGCUAUAGACUUAAUAAUAACUCCUGCAGAAUUAAGCAUUUCUUGCAGUCAAAUUAUACACCAAAUGUAGGCAAAAUUUCGACUUGGGAACAGGAGUGGAGAAAUAUGAUUUCCUUCUUUCUGCAUCUUGAGAGAAUGUAAUGCUCAGUUAGAUACCAUCUGUAGAGGUGCUGUCUUCAUCAUAAAAGCAUCAUAAAAGCUGAUAGUAUUUCAACCACAUAAAAUAUGCAUUUUCUAUAUUUGCGGUUUAGGGUUGUGUGCGGGCCUCAGAUUUUCACUGUAUCACAUAGGCGGUUGUGGAUGGGUUUUUAGCAAUUGCGGGCGGGUGCAGGUAAACAAACAGCUGACCCCCGCGCCACUAUUACAUUGGCUAUUCACUGCAGUUUACAGCCUAGACUAGAGUUUUGUACUCACUUGAAAACAAUAAUAACAUUCUUCUUUACACUGUGUUGUUGUAGCCUGGGUAGGAUACAUUUCUUGUCCCUAAAAAACUGAAACAUUAACUUUUCCAGCUGCAUACCUGGGGACUGGGAGGGAGCGCACUCAGCGCAGCCUUCGAGAGCGCACAUAGUGUAGCUACCUAUGAUUUCCUUAUCUGAUAAACUUGUUUUCUUUCUGAAUAGAUUCACUGCAGUAUUAAGCCUAUCAUUGAGCUAAUAUGCAUACGCUUUUAUUUAGGCUAUAGGUUACAUCUCAAGCCUGUCUCUGUUCUGUUGCAUAAUUAAGCACCUGCGUCUCAACUGCCACGGCUAUUCCUUUUAUAUCUUGUGGAGUCCCAGGAAAAGCCAUACUACAAAAUCUUGUUGGAUACUUAAUUCAAACUUUUUUCUUUAGCCUACUAAUAGACGAUUGGAGGAGAGCUGCACACUUGCUCUUGCUUGCUGAAUGUAAAAUAGGCUACAGCAUUAAGAACGGGCGGGAGUUGGAAAGGAGAACCCCACAUUUUCCUAUAGUAGGCCUAUCUUAACACCGGGAUACAUCCUGACGAAAUACACCAUUUGAGUGGCCUGCUAAGGUACCUUGCUUGUUCUUCUAAACUGUCGAGAAUAGACCCAAACUGAUCUAAAUGGUUGCAUAAUCAGGCCUAGGCUGUAGGCCUAUGCAGUUAUUUCGGCAUGAAACUAAACAGGACGUUUGAGCUGUUAUUCAAAUUAGCCUACAUCACUGCAGUUUACAACUCAAGCCUCUCCGUAACAGGCCAUUCCUCUUCUCGUGAAAUCCCAGGACAGCUAUAGGCAGCAAAAGCUAGAGGACAUUUAUUUUGAUACUUUUUAAAAAUACUAAGCCUAAUAGCCUAUUUGGGGAUAGAAGCAGGCUUGUUUUUACUAAUUGCUGAAUGUAAAACAGGCUUAUAGCAUAGAAAAUGCAUUUCGGGGAGGAGAGAAAGUGCAUUGGUGUGAUCCUGUAGUGUCGAGUCAAUGUCGCUAGUUAUUGCUGAUAAACAAAGGAGUCUGCUCAUACUGAACCUUUGAUCAUAAGGUUUAUUCAUAUCACAAGAUUCCAGCAUAAGUUUACGGAUGUCAUGACCACCCGGAGAGCGGCGUCCCAGAUUGCAAUGGCCGCUCUAACCUCUUCUUCGUUUUUACCCAGUAUAUAUAAUCUUCCCAAGAUAUGGGUGGCUCCCUCUACUGUCCAAUCCCCUGUCUACAACACACACUUCCUGUCUGUUGUAUGUGGCGUCACACUAAAACAAUUCCCUCUGACACUAAAAUAAACAUCCUCUCAGGUUCCACUUGAAAACAUUAACAAAGUCAUAAUCUUAAUACACUACAAUCCCUUUUGGCUUUUUAUGAUAACAUUGUUGCACUGAUUCAUCGCAAAUAGUUGCACAGGACAUAGCCUAGAUGAUCACAGUGAAAAAGAAGACCCAAAGGAAUUGACAACGAUUAGAAUUAUGGAAAUCACUCGCAAACCACUUGAGCAAUGAGGCAAUGACAUGCUGUAAAAUAUGUGCUGGCUAAGGGCGUUGUUGUGGAAUUGCUACAUUUUUUAAUACAAGUUACUCAAUUAUUUUUCAUUAGGGCUACAUGUACAUUGAAGUAUUAUUUGCAGUUGUCACUAUGACAAUGAACACACCCUAAAAGCACUGAAUGGUCUGAACCAGUAUCUGUGCGUUAGAGACUUCAUGAAUGGUCUUGUGUUACCACCUUAUUAAUAGGCAGUGUGCAGUAGGAUGUGUUGAUCAGUUGAUUGACAGGUGUAGGACUGCAGACCGAUCAACUUUCCUGUGGAUGCUCACCAAUGUUUUAUAGUUAUGUAGCCUAGUUGAUCAUUAUAGUUAUCGUUAUAGUUAUUGGCUUGGUGGAUGGCCCAUAACUCUUACACAACACAACUAACGUAACUAUCACAACAUAACUACUAGUAGGUCUAGCUAACGUUAGUGAACUUGAAUGAAAUCCAUAUAAAUUACACUUACACUUGUUUACUUGACUUUUAUACUCUAUAAAUUGACUCGUUCAAAUUAUUUACUCUAGCAAAUUUGCCACAGGUGCGCUGCAGUAGGUAAGUAAGGUAGAAGUGGAAUCCAUCACUUCCAUUGUUUGGCUGUGCCCAUUGCAACGUUAGAAAAUGAGGUGGAUAGUCCAGACAAAAAUCUGGUUGUUAGUUAUUUUGGUCAUGUUGCUACAGACACGACCCCAGUCAUGAAUUACUUUUGCACAGUUGCUAUGCAAAAGGACUGGUCAUCAGAUCUAAACAAAAUGGUUGCUAUGCAGGCUGGAUAACUUGUCUUGUUACUUGCUAGCUAGCUAGGCAACUGCAGCUAACUCAGUCACUCACGUCAAACAUUUAACAUGGAAUGAGGGUACUCUAGCUGGAUUUUCGUUUGUUUGAGCUUAUUUUCUAUUGGCAUUUACUUGGAUAUGUGAUUUAGACUGGCUCAGAAAAAGUUGUCUUGUCUCGUCUGGGCACCGUUCACUCUAUGUAUGGUACUAGCUACAGAGAUCGAAAUUCAAAAGGGAAACAUUGUUUCCGAGGCAGGCAGACAGCGAGGCUUAUAUUAAACCCGCUGUACCAAACUAAAUGCUAGGCUGGAAGCAAGGAGAAAAAAUGUGCUAGUUGAGAUAAAUACAAGAGAGGUUUCGGACAGCAAAAUGAACACGAUAUUCUUAUGGAGGCGCAGUGAUCAUUUUCAGAUGGAACCGUUAGCAAGCAUAGGUGUGUCUGUGAUGAAACGAAAUGCAGCUAUUUUGCUGUCUUUCCAGCUUCAGUCUGAAGUGAUUGUGUUAGCUGUGUAGUUGGCUAGCAAGGGGGGAAGUUAAUAGCAACAGUUUUUGUUUGCAACCUACAACCUACAAAGUUCUGGAACUAUCAACCAGCCUUACGUAGUUUUGCAUUACAUGGCAGUCAAUACGAAUAGAACUAACGACCAGAGAAUGCCUAAUAUUGCACUGGACAACCAGUGUUAGUGAAUGUAGCAUCACGUUUUGUUGAAAAAUGUAUAUUUUGGGAAAGAAUCUUGCUUUUUAAUGCUGGUAGCCCAUUGUGAUAUGUCAUAACACAUGGCCUCUCAUGUAUUAUUGCUUAAUUAAUAUGUUCACGAUUAGAGUGUUAUACCAUAAUUCCUAGAUCACACAGAAACAGUCAUAUUUCUCCAGACGUGUUUAGCUGGGCAAGGUCGACAACACGCACUUGGUAAAUCAGGUCAUAAAGAGAUUCAAUUAAUUAUUCAUAUAACCCCAAAUGCUGUGUGUGAACACUGGAGCUGACUGCUGAACUUAUGGGCCAUUUGUCUUCUUGUUGAGGCAUUAAAGCAUAUUAGCAUAUGAUUGUAAUUUCCCACAAUGUCAGGAGGCAACCAAGAGCGACAGCAGAGACAAGAUGAGACUCAGACUUCCCUCUCUGAGGAACAUUUCGAACAGGCUGUUCUGACGACAUGGCUAUGCUACUUUGCUUAUCACUAUUUGAAUUGCAUACAACCAAACUAUGCAUUGCCAGUUAGACAGACAUUUUCUGUCCAAAAUGUGCCUUGCAUUACAAGUAAUGUUAAGCAUGGGCUUAAGAAUUCUGUGUCAAAAAACAGCAGUAGAAUGACUGCAAAAAUUGCAGGUGCUGUUUGCUAUUUGCAGUCCUGUUAUUGACACUUUGCUAUGAAUGGACAGAGCGCCUCAAGGGGCAGGUAGAGUGUGUCAGCCGUGUGGAUCCAUAUUGGAAAUCAUUUCUGUACUUGUUUCCUCAAGCUCUCUGCCCAUCAACAAUAGAUGUAGCGUAGGCCUAUGGCUAUUCAGAGCUGAGACCGAUUGCCUUCGCACUCAUGUAUUUGGGCACGUUCAAUAUAAAAGCAAACGCGUCUCUUUUAUAAACUUUGGCAGGUUACAAAGAGUGGCUGAAAACGUCAUAACAUAAGAAUAGGAGGUGAAAACCCUACAGAGGAUGAGAGUGUUUAAGUAGUGUGUACAUUGGAAAAGGGAGCUUUUUGCCAGAUAUCUAUAGAGCAUUGACUGUGCAGAAAGGAGUGUGGUGACAAAUCAUUUUUGAUGAGAGAAUUAGACAUGUUUAUGUUGUUUUUUGAGUGUGUGUGUGUGUCUUUCUUUCUUCCCCCACAUAAUAAUUUCAAAAAGCACACUCCAUGCAGAUUAUUUUGGGAAAAAGAAACAACAUUAUUUUGAAUAUUAACCUAGUAUCAAUGAAAUCAUUAUAGAGUUCCCUCUUCACCCUUCCUCUCCAAUAACCUUCCACUAACUUACUGUAGGCCCAGCCGUAGAGGAUUGCACUCUCCACUGUGCAUGUUAAUGUAUGGUGUACUAACUGCAGGCACCAUGCUGCAGUAGACAACAGCUACCCACUGAUCAGAUUGAAAAUAAGCUUUUUAACGCUGUGUGCCAUCACACAGCAUGGACUGCUAUAUUUUUAUAUAACGUAUGAAAUCUUUGUCACAGAGCAUUUUAAAGUUCCAUGGAUAAAGCCAGUAAAAGCAUGCCUAUGGUGACAAUAGUCCGGAAAUAAAACGACUUUAGAGAUCUUGAGAGUGAGAGCAGGCUGGAGUGGAGUGGAAAAGGGUGGCCCAUCCUAUCCUCAGGCCACCACAGGCGGCUGUCUCAUGGCAGGCCUCCUGUAGCUUAGUUGGUAGAGCAUGGCGCUUGCAACGCCAGGGUUGUGGGUUCGAUUCCCACGGGGGGCCAGUAUGGAAAAUGUAUGCACUCACUAACUGUAAGUCGCUCUGGAUAAGAGCGUCUGCUAAAUGACUAAAAUGUAAUGUGUGUGUGUUCCAAGUGAAAGCUUCCUGCCAUUUCUGACAGUGUCAUCUAUAUUUACUAGUGGACAUUGUCCCCAUCAUAGCUUUCCCCUCAUACCCCUCAAAUGUCCCUAAAGCAAUCUUUCUUGAAAAGCUUUAUUAUAGACUUAGUUAUAUUGUAUUAUAAGGAUGUCUCUGGAAGUUGGUCCUUUUGAGGUUUUAACAGUGACACCCAUGGAGAAAUGCAUUUCUAAAGACAUGCCAAACCCUGAGCCUGUGGUAUUUUCACAGAAUGUAGAUUUAUCAAAACCCAUUCAUGUCUGAGUGCACUUGUACCUCACAUGUAGAUGUACAAUUAAGAGAAAACAAUGGUGUCCUCUUAUUUUUUUUUAUAGCAACACAUUUAAAAUGCAUUGUUAUUCAAGUGUUUUCCAAGGUUAAUUCUGCGUAGAUUUGGAAAUUAAAUCAAUUCAAGUCAAUCGUGUAUCGGCCUGCAAUGUAGCCCGGGGUGCAAACUGCCUUGUGUGCAGUAGUUAUAAACAUUAUUAUGAAUCCUGUUGUUUUAGUAAAGGCUCUAAUCAACAGAAUGCACUGUGGGUAUAUAAAGGUUUGUCACUGAAGCUAAUCAAGACAAUGACAUGGGAAUGAACACAGUUUUUGAAAGCCUCUCCCCCUCUCUCCCUCUUUCUCUUUUCAUCUAGGACGCCAGCUAUGAUCGGCUGCUCCUUUGUGGUGGACAGAGAAUACUUUGGCGAGAUCGGCCUCCUUGAUCCUGGCAUGGAAGUCUAUGGGGGCGAGAACAUUGAGCUUGGCAUG